AUGCCUGGGCAGCUGAAAGGCAGGCUGACUGCUAGGCGUUUUUCCGACGCCCGGGCUGUGAGCGACAUGUUUUUGAGCAGCAUUGGAGUUCUAGGAUUCAACCACCAGACACCUGCCCCCGCUCAUACAUGGAAACCCAGCGUCUCUUGCACCUUCCAAUCUAUCAAGGAGGCUGUUUCUAGCUGCCCAAAAGGCAGCGUUUCAGCUCCAUCACGAAUUGCCCGUCUUCGGAGCGCCAACAGUCGCACAGCUUCUCGUAUCUCGCCAGCUGUCAAGGUGAAUUUCCCGUUGGGCGAUCAGAGAGACAGAGCCUUUAAAAUGGGUCGCCGCCCUAAAACCAGAUUUCCUUCUCCCGACCCCGACACGACGGGAAUUUUCGACACCAAGGCCACCGCCCAUGUCUACGGCGACGCAUCAGAGGGCAGGGCCGUAAGAGUGGUUGAGCGGGCCAUGGGCCCCGGCGAAAGAAGACCGUCAUGGAGGACGGAACCGGUCCGGCUUAUCGUCUCGCAGCCAAGUUCGCCCACAAGCUCGAGGAUGAUGGAGCAGCCAGCGCCGCGGGCGCUCAAGCAGGCGGGCGGCGCUCAGGCGUUGCCGGCCACACAGUCCCUCGACGAACGAGUAGCGGCUGCUCUGCGCUGCGCCACCGACGACACUGAAGAUUCAACAGAAAUACCGCAGGCGACCGAGCAACCGCAGUCGCCAAUCCAUCUGCGCUAUGCAGGCGAGGAGACUCAGGCCACCCCAAAACAGCCUAGUAACGGGGGUGACACAAUGGCGGCCCUCAAAAUAAAGAGGCUGAAGCAAGGGUGGUAUCGCGACCUAAAUGGGAGGCUGCGGCCACCACGACAGCUCGUCUUCCCCACACCCGAUAUGCAAGAAUUGUACAAUAGGAUGAGCAUCCGUCCGAGACGCAUCGGCCUCGCCAAGGAUCCAUUUUGGAACCGGCUUGGAUCUUGCGAUCAUUGUUCGCAGAGGAGUAUUCCGUGCAUUCCGUCUCAUUUCAACCUCAAGCUUUUCGAGCGAGACUGCAGUGAAUCAGAUUCCUCUGCCCCACAGGGGUUGUCUCAGGACCAGGCAGUCCCCAAAAUUAACCCCUUCUCUUUGGGAUUUAUAAGCCCAACACCCCUUCCGACUCAACCAGUUGGCAAUGUUCUUCCCGCGCCGUCAGACUCCGGUUAUGGUUCAGUGAAGACAGGGGACGCAUCGCGAGGAAGAACUUUGCCGGACCCGUUGCUCGCCUUUCCGGAUACUGGUGUGGCCCUCUGCGAUCCCAAGCAGCCGAGGGCGGACGGCACCAGUGCGGGCCGGACCGCCGACGACGACGCCGCAACACUGUACUCUGACGCGGGCAGCCUCUCUGAUAGCCGGGUUGAUAGCUGCAUUUGCGAGCUCGCUGACGACCUGUUCCACAGACUGGCCACACGCCACGAUGGCCCUGUCGCCAGAGCAGCCAUGCUUCGCAUCCUCCACGUUCUCCCGGGGUUGCUCAAGUAUCUUGCGUUGGAGUUCGGGUACGGAGCAAGUUCAAAGAUGCACCUGAACAUCAUGUACUUUGUUCAUAUGAAGCGCCAUGCCAUCACGGCAGCAAUAUGGAAUCGAUAUACUUCCAUGGAGGAAGAUGACGUCGUCCGACCAAGGGCAGAUGAUAUGCCUUCUUCUUUGGACCUCGUCCGAGGUUGGCUUGACGGUGCUCACGGAGCGCCUGACAGCGGACAGCCCGGGCCGCCAGUGGAUGACUUGGACAAUGUUGAUCUGCACGAGGAUUUCGACGAGGAUGGCAUCAUUCAAGAGGUGGCCGAGUACACCAGGCUGGUGAUUGGCUCCGACGCCUAUCGUUCCUUCCUCGCCAGCGUCCGCGCUGAAGCCUCCCUUGAUCAAGGAGAUACAAUGAACGAGAUACGCGAGAGUAUAACUUGCGCAUUUCCACCCUUUUGGCGCAGUAUGAGUCGGCAUCGGCCACCCGAGGCCUGCGAGGCCGCACUCGCUGUCAACUGGGAUCCGUUCACAUUCCUGAAGGAACAGGGAUACGCCGAGCCCCCCGAAGAUGCGUUGUCCAGCGCCAUAACUGUCACAGGCUCGAGCGUGGAUGCCCAGGCUACCACAGUGGCGCAGUACCUCGCUCAAACUUGGCCAUGCGUAGGCCUCGACGUACUGGCCAAGAUACAAGACUUGGUCAGGGGCCACGCAGCAGUACAAGGCGUUUUGCGAGACACCACAAGACUUGAGGCCAAGUUCGAACACAAUCCGGUGACGAGGCUUGUUUUGGAUGUUCAGGGAACGCCAGAAACAAUUGUUCAAGUUGCCCAAGUGCUGGCGUGGCUCGGUGCCGCCCUGCGCUGCUCACGCUACAAAGACCAGCCGCAGGCCACCUGCAGCGUAGCACUCUUGACAGCUUCUAGAAGCUCCUGGGCUAAAAUGCCCAGGAUCAGCUGCAAGAUUUCCUUUGGCUACAUGGAGCUACCGACCCCCCGCUUUUCCCUCGGCCAGUGCUGGCAUGGGCUCUUUAGGAAGCCGUUUGUCGUCAAGGGCUUCCCUAUCCCUUGCAGGCCCGAGCCUGGCCUGGGGCUGGAGAUUCCGUUGGACAUGAUGGCUGCCCUUGUCGGGAGCUCGAAGCUCGACUUAUUCGGCGCAAAGGUCUUCAUCAAGGGCUUCUCGGCCAUGCUUGUGCCCACACUGCGACGUGGGGACAUUGUGGUCUGGCACCUCGUCGCGCAAGGCGACGCCCGUGUUUCGUACCUCGACUGGGAGGGCGUGCACGAGCAGCUAACGAUGGCGGAGAUGGAGACGGCCCGGCACGUCGUGGGCUGGUGUUCCCAGGUCACGUACGACGUCGGGGGCCCGGGGGCCAAUUACAACAUAGGCCGCUCCCUGCUGCCAGUGGCCCACGCAGGAUGCAGACUGGAGCGGGCCGAGAUCUCGGGCGGGCAGCUCAUCCACGGGACCGUCACCUUUGCUCUGGGGGCGAGGGAGAAGCCGAUACACGUCUCUCGCGACGGAUAUAUACCCAAGCUGAAGUGGAUAACGGGAAAAUACGUCAUCCUCUGGGACGAGGAGUCCCGAAGGGGAUGGCUCGUCAAUGGCGCCAGCGCGUUGCUGCAUCUGCUCCGGGCUUCCCUUGGGCAUAGCCAGAAAGACAAGUUCAAGAGCGCCUUCCUCUUCGAUGAGUCCAGCUUCAUCGAGGCUGAGGGCCACAACAAUGCGGAUUCGGCCAUAGAAGUACUCAUCAACGAGCGAAAUCUUCGGCUGCCGCUCUACUCGGAAAGGAGCGAGACUGUCCAGAGCGAGACAUCAAAGGGAAAAUUCUCCAAGAGUCAGCUAUCAGCCACGAGAACAUCGAAAUUCUACUGCAUCCAGGAUAGGGUAGAGCAUCUAUACGGAAUCCUCGAGAAGAUGAUCGAUCACCAGACUGCCGUGGAACGCCGAGACGGCGUGCAGAUGCCAGAGUGGCCGCGGAGACAGCUCGAAGGCUGGGAUUUUCGCGAAGUCUUUGCCGACAGGGACCCUCUAUAUCCUCGUGUGGCCACUCUAGAUACGAUUGGAAAAGGCUGGGUCGACUUCACCAGGGGCAUCCACGCUAUCACACUCUUCGGACGCGGGUUCGGCGACCUGAUGCGGCCAGGGGGCCAAUCCGCGGCUGCAGCUUGCACGCGAUGGUCGACGCUGCCACGCGGUGGCUGUUAUCUAGCCGCCGCCGUGUCGGACCUUAUGGAGAUCAUGAGAGUCGAUGGCGAUCCGGACGCCAACCCUCGCCGACUGUCCGAGAGGCUUCUAUGGCUGAGCUGCCUGACAGAGGGGCUGUGGUGUUUGGGCAUAAUUGGUCUCUGCACUGGUAUUACGGCGAUUCUGGCGAUCCGCAGAAAGGUGACCCGCCAUCGACGGCGUUGGAGGAAGAUCCAGAAGAGAAAACUUCGGCUCAGCGGCAACGGGCCGAUAGCGGCUUGGGCUCCAGUCUACCCUCAAAGCCGGGCAGUGAUAGCCAGGACGGCAGCAGCUGGGACAAUCCACAGGCCGAGACGAGCGACGCGUCAAGCCACUUGGGGUCUGGGACAGCGGAAAGUCCAGGAACUUGCCACCCAGCAGAUCAGAACCCGAGUCCUAAAGGUAGUCCUCUGUCUCCAGUUGAGAGCCAGGAAGCGGCCGCAGGAGGCGUCAAGAGGCGUUUGGUGGGCAUGGCUUCGUCGGCGAAAAGAAUGA